AUGCUGGACAUGAAAAUGGUAACAUUUGUUAUUCUUGGAAUUCAAUUGUUUCCUGAUCCAAUUAGCACUGAAGUUUUUUCGGAAGAACCUGGUUUAUAUAGCCCUGAACCCACCGAAAAUUAUCCUAACAAACCAGACAAGAUCUUCGAAAUCUUAAAUGCGCGUAAUAAUUAUGAAGAACUGAUCAUCAAUAUGUUACAUGAUCUCAAUGAAAGGCUUGAAAAAAUUGAAAAAAACCAUAACAAUUAA